AUGUCGGGCAACGACUUCACCCUCAGCCCAUCCGAGCAGAGAGAUGGCCGGCGCAUAGACAUGCUUUAUAUCCCCGCCAACAAUGCGACAAGGACUUCAUUGAACGUGAUGGACGCAACAGAAUUAUAUCCCCAUGUCAUGGUAAUCUCAUCCGAUGGGUUUUCCGAUAAACGAUUUCGAGAUUCUACGUUCACCAAAGAAGAACCUCGCACUUUCUACACCCACCCCUGCCAAGCAUUGGCAAAGAGCAUCAGAAUAUGUAUAUCCCGGAGCCUAUUUCCUCAAUUGGAUCAAACCCCUUUGGAUAAAAUGAUCGCUCUCUGCCACAUAUUCUUCAGGAAACAGAAGAGCAUCCUGAUUCUUGAGAAAUACGAUGAUCUUUUUGUACAAGCCAUAUACAAAGUCGCCCUUCAAGUAUGUGCAAUUCAAAAAGACAAUACAUCAAAACUUAAUGAAACAACUCUAGAGGGUUAUUAA